AUGACGAGUAGUAACCCUGUGAGCGCGUUUAUUGCAAGCCUUAUGGCACCUAAGAGCAAGGGCGAGGAGGAUGCUAUGACUCAUAUCUCCUCAGUGGCAAAUGACGCCAAGUGGCGACUAGAGGAUAAUAUGCCAACUCAUAAGAGAGCAGGAUUCCAUCGCAAUGAUCAAUACACGAGUCCGGAAGGUUUUCCAGAGUUUCCUCGACAAUAUAUUGUGACUACACACUCGAAGGGACAAAACUAUGCUACGUACGCUGCCAAUUCGUACGCGUCGGCUAUUGCGAUUCAGGAAGAAAUGAAAACACGUCCGUUCUAG